AUUGACGCUGGGUUAGAAAGAUCGCGUGCUCGGUCUCGGGGCUAUCUGGAGUGUUGUGUCCUGAAUUGUGGGGCUAGCUUUCAGAUUGUUUUAUAAUUUUUUUUUCUCUGUUUUAUCCCGAGGGGUGGUGAGCGAAUUUGCGAAUGCGUAGAAUUUUGUUUCCUCGUGUUGAUUUCGAUCGAAAUGGAUACUCUAUUCGUGCGGUUCCGAAAGGAUUUCGAGUGAAUCAAGGCCAUAAUUGUUAAAAAUCGGAAGUGUGAUUAAAUCGAUGUAUCGAUUCGGUACCUCUUGCUAGCAGUAGCAUAGCGUGUUUUUUUGGAUGCUGCAUUGAGUGCGAGGGUGGGUUUCAUCGAAUAACGGAGCCUAAACGGAUCGAAAAUCCAUGCAAAUUUAAUUGCGAAAGCACCUUGUGAGUGAGAAAUUGAAAUUUUUCGGUGCCUGUGAGAAUUGUUCCUAUGGCCAACAGCAGCUCAGUGAAACAAAGAUUGUUUGCAUUUUGCUUAGUGUAGGAGGAAGCUUUUAAGUAAUCGAAAGCCCUGCAGCUGAAAGUGAAAAGGAUUUGCGUGAUUAUUUAGCCUUUCUUGAUCCAACACAUAGGAGGUACACAGCUCAGUGCUCAGUUUCGAGGCAGGUCUAAAAAUAACACUAGUUUACAGCAUUUUUGAACUCAGUAAACUGAAGUGUAAUCGCUACCAAAAGGCCAAUAAUUUAUUCAUAAACACCAGCCACCCAAAACAAGCCUAGAACACAAUUUGUUGCCCGGAACCAAGGGAAGGAAUUUAAAGUGGAUACCAUACUUCGGAUGUAACAUUGUGUCCAGAGAAAUCGAAGAUAGCCACCCGUAAAAUCCGCGGUACGACCAAGCGAAAACGUGCAAAUGAUUGACGUGUGCAACGUGCUGCGGUGGAGUUGUCUUGGAACUUUCGCCAAAGGUACUUCAGCUAGUCCACCAUUCGCAACAUCAACAUCAUCAUCGGCACAUUCCUUCGACAGUCGUUGCUGUUGAUGAAGGAUUUGGUCCAACGACAACGGCUAGGAAGCCUUAGAACUGUCUGCUAGAACAGAACUGGCCGCGGUUGUCAAAGUCAUAGCUCUGGGGGUCGGCUCCUUGGGCCUAACAAAGUGCCAUCGUUCAUCAGUUCCGAUGUAGAAUUCCUCCGACUAACAAGCAGCAACUGCAGCCUUAGUUGCAAUCCUGAGGAGGAAAUUGACGUUCGGUUCUAACUGAAACAACCUCGCGCGUGGAAUCCGUCCUUAGAAAGCCCUUUUCAGAUUUCAGUGGUGUUAUUUUUUUUUACGCGACAAGGAAGAAGUCUCUUCGCGAGUGGGUUUGUUAUCGCGAAUGUUGUGGUGUAAUAAUCGCCUUUUGUUUGUGCGACUAUUUUAAGAGUAUCUAUAGGCAAAGAAAAAAAAGUUUUCAAGUAGAGCAGCUAACAAGAAGAAGCAAGAAAAAAAGGUGAAGAAAGUGUGAUACAGUGGAUUGCAUUUUCCAUUUUUUCGCGAGUCAGUGAUAAGUGGUCGAACGGUGCGCAUUCAUACUUAGAGUCUUCCCUUCCCGCGCGGUCUUUCUGUUUUCCCUCCAGGAUCAGUUUCAGAAGAGUUCCCCAGUUACGGCAAAAGUACACACGCGGAUGUUCAGAGCUGAUUGAUAUUGGUUCGCCGAGCGAUUGAUAACGAAUCAUUGAUACGGUGCUAUCCGGGGAUUUUUGAGGGGUAGUACAGCGGAAACGAUUGCUUAUCAACGCUAACGUGAACGUGAGGGCGCAGAAGAGUUGCCCGGUUGUGAUAACAGUUAAUGGUUCUCAAAGCGGUAGUGUCUACGAUUUCGCCUUCGCCAAAACGAUAGGCCUAGGCCAAGGUGGUGCUAUUAGGGAAUGGACGCAGCAGCUAUGAUUACAAAGGUGCCAAUCAUCGACAAGUGUCACACGAGUUCCAUUAUUAGUCUGUUCUAGUGAACAAACGACCCCGACAGGUUCGCUGCAUUUGCUGCGAGAAAGCGACUCCUGCGACUGGCUGAAGAGUGAUCCACCAGAACCAUGUUGAACCAGUGUCCAAAGUGACAGGAUUUCACAAUACUCGCGAAAACGUUUGUGUUUUAGAUUUUAAGAAAAAGUUCACAGUGAUUGACUGACUUCUCGGCUUGGUUUAACCUCGAGCAAACAAGCCAGAAGAAAACGAAAAAAUUACCACAAGAAGUUACGAAGAAGAUUCCAUUCUAGCCAUUUUAGUCUCGGAAUGUCUGCCAUCAGUUAUCAGGUGAACAUGAAUAACUUCCUUUCGCUGUUGGUCGGCGCCUCUCUGGUGGCGGCCAAUUCUUCCCCCAGCCAUCACGAUCUCACCUCAUUUUCGGCGCCAACCGAAUUCUCCAACGGAGUGUCCUCCUUUGCCCUGCCGGCCGAAGACCGGAUGGCCUACGACAGCUAUACGCUAGCGUUCUUGACCCACAGUUACGUGAACAAUGAUUCCGAAGUGGUAACGGAUCAGGAUGAAGCCGGAAAGUACGGCGAAGGGCAUAUCUUCAAUCGAACCGGAAAGCUGGUACACAUUACUCGAUCCAACGAUGUGGAGGAUCACUUCGCGUGUACCGAGAACUUGACCGGAACCGGAGGUGCCCCGCUGCCACCGGCCAACGAACCCUGGAUAGCGCUGAUCAAGCGGGGCAACUGCAACUUCGAGGAGAAGGUUAAGCAUGUGUAUCAGCGGGGAGCUUCGGCCGCCAUCAUUUACAACGAUAAGAGCGACCCGCGGCUGGAUAAAAUGAAAAUCACCGACAAGGAACGAAACAUAACUGCCGUCUUCACAACGCUAGCGAAAGGGCUCCAGCUGAGCGAACUUCUGGAUCGUGAAAACUUCUCCGUCACGAUGACUAUUACAGAAGGCAGGAAGCAGUACAGAUCACUAACGAGCAUCAACAGAACCUCGGUCCUGUUUGUGUCGAUCUCGUUCAUCGUGCUGAUGAUCAUCUCGCUCGUUUGGCUGGUGUUCUACUACGUCCAACGGUUUCGGUAUUUGCAAACCAAAGAUAAACAAUCGCGACGACUUUGCAAUGUAGCAAAACGAAUUAUUGCCAAAAUUCCUACCAAGAGUAUUAAAUCAGAUGACAAGGAAAUCGACAACGAUUGCUGCGCCAUCUGCAUCGAGCCAUACAAAGUGACUGAUGUGAUACGCGUUCUUCCUUGCAAACACGAAUUUCACAAGGCGUGCAUCGACCCGUGGCUGCUGGAGCACCGGACCUGCCCGAUGUGCAAGAUGGACAUCCUGAAGCAUUACGGCUUUGUGUUCACCGGCAGCCAGGAGAGCAUUCUGCAGUUAGAUCUGGACAUGGAGGAGGGCGACCUGAUCGAUGACCACAGCAGCACCGAUGGGGGUGGUUAUCAGCGCCGGAAUAGCGUCAGUCCUCUGCCCCAAAUCAGGGCUUCCAGCGAGAAUCCGAGAUCUCGCAGUUCCUCGGAAUCGGAUUCGGACAAUGACCGGCAGAGGCCACAACACCGGAUGGGAUCCAGCUCGAAUCCUCACUCAAACAGACAAUCGUUGAUCCGGGAGGCUACCGUUUGCGUAGACACUUCCGGCCACUGUGCCGACGAAAGCGAAGGAGCUGGAACCGAGGAAGCUCUUCCGACCGAUCGGGAUAACGAUAUCUGCGUGAGCUGUUUGGCUGCGGCCCUGAAUAAGAAACACCAGAUGGGUGGAACUUCCUGCUCCCAGGAGGAUGAUUUGGAUGAUAGUGAUAGUUUCACCAUGGAACGCCACGGCUCCCUGAGUCUUCCAGCGACGUUGAAAAAGUACAAAGGCAAUCACUCGACGGGCUCAUGCCGUGGAAUAAAUCCUCAGGAACGAACCCACAGCCAACAACAGCAGCAGCAACAACAGAACCAUUCGAAGCUUCCAUUCCGGUUCUACAAGACAGACCAUGGACACGUCCGCAAGAUACGCACCCCGUUGAAAAAUCUCAUCUCCCAGUCUCAAUCAGCUCCCUGUGAUGAUGGCUCACUGACCGACAUCCAUCUGGGAACGGAAGAACGGACCUGUUCCGAUGCUCCGGCAGCCAUCGUUGCCGCCCUUCAGGAACGUCGCUGCUCACUUUCCCGAACCUCCUCGAGUGGUUCGGACAGCAAUAGGAAUCUUGCUCACUAUCAUCGCCAUCUACAUCAUCACCACCACCAUCAUCAUCAUCACAAGCAGCAUAGUCACCCACAACAGGAAACGGAAACGGAUGGGUCCGACGAAACGGAACCGAACAGCGACAAUGACCUGAUCGUCAAGGGAAGGGGGGACAGUGCCGAUGGAGAGUGCAAAAAGAAGUGAUAAAAGUGAUAUUAGCUAUUAAAGUUUGCCACCAGAUCUUAUUUUUCUGUUCCGGAGGACGAACGGAAAAAAACGUGGAGCGACACAGCUUCAGAAAAAAAAUGGAAGAUGGCGUGUUUCACCCAUUUCCGGUUCUUUCUAUUUGAUAUUUAGAUGAAAUAAACUGAAAUACGAAAGUGCGACAGUAGCAUUUAGGCAAAUACUGCUAGGCAAAGAGUUGCGUAUUAAGCAUUAAACAAAAUAUAGAACCUAGACAAAUACCGAAACUGAUAGCUGAAAUUUUGCGCGUGAUACAAAAUGUAUUUUCCUUGUCCUACUGAAUUAAAAAAAAAUCUAGAAAAUAAAAAUUACAAUAAAAGCAAAACUAAGACCUAAAUGUAGCCGAGUUACAUGGGAAAGGUUUGCGAGCAUACUCACAGAACUUACUCAAAUCUUCCCUGCAACUAUGUUCAGCCCAAACUACUAUUUCUCAACAUUACUAGGUAGUACUUAAAGGACAAACGAAAAGAAAUAAUGCAGAUUUAACGAUCUCUAGCAAGAGACGCAUAGAAACUAGGGAGAAUAAUCCAAACGCUCAUAGAUUAAAAGCCACUUAUAGCUUAACCCCAUUAAUCCAAAAGAUGACGUGCACUACCACCUUUCCGCCCUUUUCUCCCCAUUUUAUGAACAACAUUUGAAAUGGUAGUCUUAACUCGCAGUGCUAUUAAAACAAAUGAAACGAGCAGUGAAAUUAGCUAUGAUAUUACCUACCUAAAAUAUGAAGAAAACCUUAAAUGAUGCAUCAAUCGAUACAGAUCCUUACAUUAUUGGAAAGGGCGCCUGAAACAGAUCAACAUUCUAAAGAAAAAUCGCGUGCGCAUCGCUUAGUCUCGGAACAAUCGAAAACGAAAGAAAUGUGACAUAAUCUUAGAGAAACUUUAAGCAAACUCUUGAUCAAAUUACCAUUCGGUUGAACGAUGAAAAUUUUCUGUACUAUUCAUAUCAAUCUGAAGUCAGCUUUCCCCAUCGUGAACGGGUUUCGAAUUUGUUUUCACCCAAAUUUAAUGUGAAUUGCAUUCACUAUUCAAAUCAAAGACACCAAAUCGCAGAAAAUCAUAGUCUGAAAUCUUUGUUCAAAUUGAUCAAAAAUGCAUUGAAAAAUUGAUACAUCUCAAACCUUGAUUUUUUUUCAUUACAUUUUUUCAGUUGUCAUGAUGAGAAAAAGGAAGGACCCUACCCUGAAAUUAGAAUUGCAAUUUAUCCUUUGAAAGUUUUAAAUACAUUUUUCUAACUGAAACGACCGAAAGCGUGUCAGAAUAAAAUGAAUGUUUUGUGUCAGUGUAUUCCGUACAAUGUUGCUUACAAGCUUGUACGCAACGGGUAAUUUUUUUUUGCUCAAGCUACCCAAAAAGUGUCCUGGCUAAAGCAAAUUUUCUUUAUUUCGGUUGGGAUUUU